AUGAAAUUUAUUGUUUCGUUCACCAUCAUCGCUGUGGCGACAGCAGCCAAGCUUCCUUCAAGUAACUAUCUACCUCCUAACCAAGGAAGUUCAUCAUCAAACAGUUAUCUACCACCCAAUCAAGGGGGUAAUAUCGGUGGUGGAUCUUCAGCCGGUGGUGCUUAUGAUACAGGGAACAGACGCCCGCAGCAAGAAAUAGAAAAGAACGCUGUUAUUCUGCAACAAAAUCAGGAAAUUGAUGAAAAUGGUUUCCGUUACUCGUAUGAAACAUCAAACGGUAUACGCGCUGAAGAGGCGGGCGACGCAUCUCAAAGUCAAGGAGGUUUUGCAUACAAAGGCGAUGAUGGGAACGUUUACUCCAUAACAUUCACAGCGGGAGAAGGUGGUUUCCGUCCUCAAGGUGCUCAUUUACCAGUUGCUCCUCCAACACCAGAAGCUAUACUUGCAGCAUUGGAUCGCAAUGCUAAGGAUGAAGCUGCUGGGAUAUUUGAUGAUGGUCAGUAUCAUCCGGAACAAUCUGGCAAUCGCAGACCUGGCCAAAGCGGCUAUGGAAGUGGUUCAUCUGGCUCUGGAAAUUUUAACGCCAACACUGGAUAUACUUAUUGA